AUGAUAGUUGAUUAUUGCAAUUUUGGAGAUGUUGUAAGUUUUGACACAACAUACAAAGUUGUACACGGCAAUCGUCCAUUUGGAAGUUUCUUGGGGUUGAAUCAUCACCGGGAGAUCGCUGUGUUUGGAGCAGCGUUCAUGUUUGACGAGACUGCGGAGUCGUUUGUUUGGUUGUUUCAAACGUUUUUGAAAGCAAUGUCCGGUAAAGCACCAAAGACGAUCUUCACUGAUCAAGAUGCUACAAUGGAGGUGAUGCUAGGGACAAAACAUUAUCGGUGUGCUUGGCACCUAAUGCAAAAUGCACAGAAGCAUCUAGGGUUCUUGUUUAGACGUGCGCAAGGCUUUAAGAAGGUGUUACCAAAAUUAAUGUUUCAAAUUAGGGAGGAGGAAGAAUUUACCAGGGAAUGGAAUUUAAUGAUAAUAGAAUAUGGUGUUGUUGGUAACACGUGGCUUACAAAUCUGUUAGGUUUGAAACAUAGAUGGGCCAUGGCAUUUAUUAAACAUGCCUGGUCCGCGGGUAUCCACCGCACACAAUUGAGUGAAAGCUUUAAUGGUUACUUGAAGGCAUACUUAUCCGGGCAGCUGAUUCUUUUAGAUUUCUUCACACACUUUGAAAGGCCAUUGCACGAUAAGCGUUACAAGGAGUAUGUAGCUGAGUAUGGGUUGCUCCACAAACUACCUCAACUGAAAACAAAAUGUAACAUAUUAGUAGAGGCGGUACACCUGUACACAAAUGUUAUAUUUAAUAUUUUCCAGGAGAAGUUCUUAGCAACUGGUGCCAGUCAGAGGAUCAUUGGUUGUAGUCCCAUCGAUGGCAAUGGAGGCUGUGUUUACAAAGUCGUUGGUGAGGAUGGGAUGCAACGCAACGUGACGAGGACAUCAAAAGAUGAAUUGUUAUGUUCUUGUUGUAAAUUUGAAAGGAAGGAUAUUAUGUGCAGGCAUAGUUUGAAAAUCUUAAAGGACUCCAUGUUCGCCAAUACAUUGCCUCGUCGAUAUAUAUUUAAAAGGUGGACUAGAACUGCUAGAGAUGGCAGCUUGGAAGAAAAUCUUUCCUGUGAAGUGAUUAUCGAUGCUGAUCCAAAAAUUGAGGUUAGGAGACGGCACAUGGUACUUUGUCGUAUUCUGACAGAAAUUUCAUCCAUUGUAUCGGAGUAUAAGGACAGAUACAAUGAUUUGUUAGUGAAAGCCAUGGAGUGGAAAAAAAAUUGCCCAAUCAAGUUGUAG